AUGUCUCAAACUUCUUUUUUAUCGCCUGUUGCGCCAUCCCAGCAUGCCUUUCAAACAUCUUUCGAUGAUACCGCCCCAGACCAACCGUGGGAUCGGGGACUCAGUAUCCAAGAGGCAUGGUCUAACUCUGCUCCAAUUAGGGAUAAUUGCGCACCGCCUCGUCCUAUUACGGAACAUCAGCCGUCAAAGACCCGGAGCUAUGUCUCGCUCUCCAAACUAUUGGAUUACAUUCAACCCGAGCUCUCGCGAAAGCAAUACCGCAUUAUCAAGAAUGAUAAAGGCCUCAUCGAAGCAUACAAGUCCGCGGGUAUAGACCGUGUGGAAAUUGGCAGGCAAAUCUGCGAAUGGGGCAAGAAUUCGGGAGAUGAGGCCAUCGUCGACAUAUCUAGCAAGGUCGGCCUUCUUCUUCAAGAGAUGGGCAAAUUGUCAGAGCCUUACGCCACUGCACUGGAGGAUGCGCGUGGCCAUCUCAAGAUCAUCCGCAACAUUGAGAAGAUCGUUCAACCAAUCCGGGAUAGAAAGAUGAGGGUAUUGGGUAACAUCCAGAAACUCAGAACGAAACAACCUCUUCAAAGCAUCAAACUGGCCGCGCUAGAGCAGGAGCUUGUUAGGGUAGAGGCCGAGAGUCUGGUUGCUGAGGCGCAGUUAACAAAUCUUACUCGCCAGAAUUUCAGGGAAGCGUUCCAGAUCGAGCUGACUGCUGCUAUUGAGCGCGCCGAGAAAGAAGUUAUUCUGGCCAAGCACGGCUUUCGCCUCCUCGAGCUCCUUGACGCUAACACAGUCGCGCCAGGACAGCCUUUCGUGCCCUACGAGCAUGGAGAUCAAGCUCACCAAGUGCUGAGUGACGCCGAAGCUAAUCUCAAGGAGUAUCAGCCGGAUGACAGCCGUGGUAAAGCUCAAGCCCUCUCCUGGGCUUUACCGCCUCUCGCAUGCACAUCCAGUGCAGAUUUCCACUGCCGCCCCGUAUCUCCGGCAGCCGCUGUGCGCUCCGGCACUGAAAAGCCUGCUACGAACCUCGGUCAUAGGCCCAAAUCAACCGAACUCGCCCCCAGCCUCGAUCCGAUCUUCAGACCUUUGCCCAUGUUGGCUCGCCGUGCACUGCAGCUCAGGUGGCAGAGUCUGCGUGGCCAAGUCUCCCUGCCCAAUCACAGCGGCGUGUGCUGGACGACUCGACUGUACAGUUCCGCUGCCUCUGAGGCUGCCCGGACACAGGGCUCUGGUAGGCCUGUAGACGGUGUCACUACAGGCGCCGACAGUGCUGGCCCUCUCGCUACAGGUAUCCCUCUCCCUAUCGCUGCCAAGAUGGGUCUGCGUGCCCCGCCCCCUCCAUCGGGUCAAAACUCCUCCGCCUCCUCGCAAGCUUCCCAACCCUUCCAGCGAACCGCCCAAAUUGCUCGCCAUCUGAACAGCAAUUCGGAUUCAUCAUCAGCACCAGCCGCCACGAUGUCUGGAUACACAGUCCGCAAGGUUGCCGCCCAGAACACUCUGGAGCACCGCGUCUACAUCGAGAAGGAUGGCGUCCCCGUGUCCCCCUUCCACGACGUUCCUCUUUAUGCCAACCAGGAGCAGACCAUCCUGAACAUGGUUGUCGAGAUCCCUCGAUGGACCAACGGCAAGCUUGAGAUCUCCAAGGAGGAGCUCCUCAACCCCAUUAAGCAGGACAUCAAGAAGGGCAAGCUUCGCUUUGUCCGCAACUGCUUCCCCCACAAGGGCUACCUGUGGAACUACGGUGCCUUCCCCCAAACCUGGGAGGACCCCAACACCGUUCACCCCGAGACCAAGGCCAAGGGUGACAACGACCCUCUCGAUGUCUGCGAGAUCGGCGAGCUUGUUGGCUACCCCGGCCAGAUCAAGCAGGUCAAGGUCCUCGGUGUCAUGGCCCUUCUCGACGAGGAGGAGACUGACUGGAAGGUCAUUGUCAUUGACGUGAACGACCCUCUGGCCCCCAAGCUCAACGACGUCGAGGACGUUGAGCGCCACCUGCCUGGCCUCCUCCGUGCCACCAACGAGUGGUUCCGUAUCUACAAGAUCCCUGACGGCAAGCCCGAGAACCAGUUCGCCUUCACUGGCGAGUGCAAGAACAAGGCCUACGCCAUGGAUGUCAUCCGCGAGUGUGCUGAGGCCUGGGAGCGCCUCAUUACCGGCAAGACCCAGCCCGGCAGCGUCUCUACCACCAACACGACUGUCGAGCACUCUCCCAGCCGCGUCCCUGUCCAGUCCCUGCCUCCUCUGCCUCCCCACGAGGAGCUGCCCCCUGCGAAGAUCGACGCUUCCAUUGACAAGUGGUUCUUCAUCAGCGGUGCUUCUGCUUAG